AUGAUAAACUCAUCCAUAAUCAAUCUCAAUUCUUAUGUCUGCUCAAUUUUCAUUAUGUCCAUAGUUGUGAUAUCUUUGAUAUGUUCAUUAGCUCUUCAAAUUCAACAAGCUAAAGAACCACUUCGAAAUCAUCUUACGAGAGUCACGAUUCAAAAUGAUAACGAUUAUCUUCUUGGAAUCCAAUGUAAACCAGGAGAUGAUGAUUUAGGCUUUCACAUUCUUACUAAAGAUCUGUUGCUCUGUUUUUCAUCAUGCAGCCACGUGAAACAGAAGAUGGCACGUAGAAUACGAUUAACAAAAACCCUAAUAUUUAAUAUGGAUGAGCUUUGCACUUGA